ACCACACUAUCUCUCCCUUCAAUCUUCAUCAUUUAUUCCCAUAAGAGAUAUCCAUUUCCACAUACUGCCGUCUCGUCUCACCUCAUAUUACCAGGAAUUCACAAACAUCAACAAACCCAGUAACUGAAGCAAACAUGCCUCCACAGAAAAUCAUUUAUGAGAAGGAUAAAGAACAGAUCAUUGGCUAUUCUCAAGAGCGAUUCAGUAUUGAUCAGCCAGUUGCUACUGGAACCUAUCUCGGGCCCAUUAACGCUUCGUUGCCUAGAGCAUGCGAAAUCCCUUUGCUCUUCCAACCUUUCCAAGUGAAGAGCCUAAAGUUUGCGAAUCGAUUGCUUGUUGCACCAAUGUGUACGUAUUCUUCUAAGGAUGGCUUCAUGACCUUAUUUCAUUUGGCUCAUUAUGGAUCGUUUGCAAUCCAUGGUGCAGGUCUUAUUAUCACAGAAGGAUGUGCUGUUGAGGCAAGAGGUCGAACUAGCCCACGGGAUGCCGGAAUCUGGUCGGACGCUCAUAUCCAUAAACUGGAGGAAGUCAUUGAAUUUGUCCACUCUCAAGGAUCCAAGAUUGGUGUCCAACUUGCCCAUGCAGGACGCAAAGCCUCAAUGCCUGCUGCUUAUUCUACACUUCCUGAGUCAGACUUUUGGCCCGAUGAUGUCGUAGCGCCGAGCGGUGGAGAGGAACAUAAGUGGGAUCAUGAACAUGUAACGCCGCAAGAACUUUCUAUCAAGGAGAUUCAGGAAGUUAUUCAUGCUUUCGGCCAAGGUGCCCGUCGUGCUGCUCGCGCUGGUGCAGAUAUGGUUGAGAUCCAUGGAGCACAUGGAUAUUUGAUUCAUAACUUUUUGUCUCCCAUCACCAACAAGCGUACAGACAAGUAUGGAGGCUCGCUUGAGAACCGUGCCCGCUUCUUGCUCGAGGUCAUCGAAGCUGUCCGUGCCAACUUCCCUGCUGAAAAGCCCAUCUUCCUCAGGGUCUCCGCCUCUGACUUAGUAGAAAAGGUCAUCGAUGGACCUUCUUGGGAUAUUGAACAAACUGUCCAACUUGCGAAAUGGGUUAAGGAAGUGGGUGUGGAUGUAUUCCAUGUGUCCUCUGGUGGAAACGUGGCCCAGCAGGUCAUCGAAGCUAGGCCUGGUUAUCAAAUACCCUUUGCAGAGCGUGUUAAGAAGGAAGUUUUUGGAUUGUAUGUGGUUGCAGUCGGUCACAUCACCAAUGGCAUACAAGCCGAACAGAUAUUGCAAGAAGGACAGGCCGAUAUGAUUGCAGCUGGAAGAGAGUUUUUAAGGAAUCCAUGCUUUACAAUGACAGCUGCCAAGGAUUUAAAUGUAAUGGCGAAAGUCUCUCAGCUAUAUGAACGUGGCCGUCGUUAACACUUUCUACCAUAUUUGCUCUUACAAUUUGAACAUGGAUAUCAAACAUAC